AGAUGGGAUUAGUAGCGUUGACUAACGAAUGAGUGAGCAUGAGUGCAUUAUGUAUGCCCGGUGUGGGCUAAUUUGAUUGAAACACACAUAAUUAUUCAACUAAGUUACGGGUUUCGUUUUCGGACAUAUCGGAUAAAACGUGUCGAGGAUUACAGACAGUCCAAAUGCCUAAUUCAAUGCGUAAGCCCCCGUAAGAAAGUCAAACUGAGAUAUUCAUUCGGAGAGGGAUUCGUUGCAGUCGAGUCAUCAACAUUUAAGCCCGUUGGAAUUUGGAUUAUCAGGCUUUGGGUUUUCUUUGAAAAUAAAUAGAAAACCUAGAGAAAAGUUGUUAAACAAAGUUUAGGUACAACUUAUUAUCUUUAUUUAACAAACCCAGCACACAUCAAUUCGUAUGUCAAAAUUUUUGAAGUGAUCCAUAAUUAUACAUUUAUUUUUAUUUUGCAUAAACGUUAACGUUACUUGACACAUAUUGACAUUUUCACGCAUCGGGAUGUUUGAGUAGACCACAGUUAGGUUAAUUUCUGUACUAAUUCGCCUGGUUUUUUCACGACAUUCGAUUCAAAAAGCAUCCAAGCAGUUCAAAGUGGUAUGAACAACAGGCAGAUACAAAUUCAAAUAAUAUAAUCGAUUUGGUGCACUUUCAAAGCAAAAUUAUUAGAGUACAGGCCAAAUAAAAACCCCAGCCAAUUGCCAAUUUCGGUUCACUUAUUUCGAAAAGAAAUAAGAAAUUGUUACUGAAAGCAUUCGAAAUCUACGGUCUGGAUCAAAACUUGCAUUUGGAUAUCCCAUAAAAGCCUUAGGUUCUUCGAUCUAAAAUAUUGACAAUGAAACCUGAUCAGCUAAACCGACUGAUCAGAGUGAAUAAACGGAUGCAACCCUGGUUUUUGCGCAACACCAGCGAGCUCUACGAAAGUGCCAUCAGGUCCUAUUACGAACGCGGCUAUAGUACAGGCAAUCAUCCACGUUUUAGAACCGAGAAUAUUGGCCCUUUACGCAGGAUUAAAAAAGCGGAGAUAAAACCCAAUUCCGCUGAUAAUUAUCCUUGCAAUCAUAUCCUGCAGGCUGACCAAGCAGCUCAAAGUAAUGCGAAUCAUUUUCUUUACACGAUGAUACAGGCGAAUCGUCCUCGUUCCAUAUCCUUCUCGGCUACUCGUCCCUACGCCUCGCCUUAUGGCCACAGUUCAAUGCGAAGGAACGCCAGCUCAAGCUGCUCUAGCGGAAGCAGUAGUGGAUCUUCCCGCACCGAGAUCAUAGUUGGAUCUUUGAGAAAGAGCAAGGCGAAAAGGGAGAGAAAGAGUCGAUCACUACGUAAAAACAGGGACACCAUGGAGGAACAUCUAGACAUGGAUAUGGAUAUGGAUAUGGAUAUGUUUUGCAACCGAUCCUCAAGCAUGCCACCCCUGCCAUCGACACCUGUUUUAGGAGCCAGAGCGAUGAUGGCACCGUGUAGGCAACAUCACAUGGCAGCCAUGGCGAAAUCGCUGGCCCAGCCUAUGCAAAUUUUGCAGGGCGAAGGGGAUUCCCUGAUGCCGGUGAAUGCUGCCCUUAAGCGUCGCAUUUCGGUGAUAAAUCACUUGAAGGAUGGGCGGCGAAACAAGACGGAACUGGGUCACAAACUAAGCACUGGAUCCACCAGAAACGGCAGCCCGAUCACCGGAAACGGUCGCAAUCCAACAGAGAUGCGCUUCCGCUUCCAGACUUUGGGCGAUCGCGUCAAGCAGUUCGAGUAUAUCCAGUUCGCCGAUGGACCCGUCGCCAGUUAUGCCUUCAAUCGGAAUCAGAAGCGAGCCAUUACUACUUUUAGGGAUUCGCCAAGACAUCGAAUCGAAAACACCACCAAAAAGGCCACAAUUCGACGUCUUCAGGUGACUCAACAGCCGCGUCAACUCAGCUUUCACAAUAUCCUACACUCCAACUAUCGCCAACGGAGCAAGAGUUUGGUGUCCGGAGCAGAUCAGUUGAUGGAAUCCUUGGGACCUAUAACGCGACUCGCAACCCCAAAAGGCCCUCAAUUAAUCGGCCGAACAACGCGAGGAUCUAGCCUAGACAGUAGUUCGCGAACUAGUUUCAGGAGCAGCCCAUCUAUAAUAACUUACGCAAAUACUUUGGGAAGGAAUAAGGAAAAUUCAGAAAAAAUUCCGGGAGUCAAUUUUGGAUAUUCAAAAAGUUCAGAAGUUACCUCGGGCGAUUGGGUUGAAACACCAGAAGAUUGGCCCAAGUACCCCAGAUCAAGUAGCUCAUUGGGGAGCGGGUUUGGAUCAACUUUAACAAUAGCAGAAAAAAAUUUAAUGUCAAAUGAAAACAAAAGCAAUGAAAGCGGUGGAAUCUUUACUGAAACGUGGAAAACGUUUUGCUCAAACGGGGGAUCAUCAGCUUUAAAAUCUAAAAGAGUUAAUUCAGAGCCCUUAAGAGCCCCUACCGGUGGCGCAUCAGAAGCCACCACGGAAUCAUUUUCUAAAACACUUCAUGGCCAAGAUGAGCCAAGUCGAGCCACCUUGACACCCUUGCGCCGUCUGCAAUUGCAGCAGCGAAGUCUUCAAGCUUCGCCCGAAGUGGAUGACCCGACGGCCGGGGAUCUGGCACACUGCCUCUUCAAGAUUAAAGACAAUAUCAAGCAUACGAUCAAGGACAAUAUCAUGAUGAAAAAGUCGCCGACAAUGCAACAGAAAAUCCAACAUGACAAGCCACGGGUGACCAAAGUGACCAGCAAUCAGGUGAGCCGCUCCAGCCAUCGAUCCUUCUUCCUACCAUCCGAAGAGCACCAACUUCUUGACCGUACUACUACUACCAAGAGGUUGUACAAGGAUAAAACGCAGGAUAAGAAGCCAGUUAGGAUACCAAUUGAGAAAAGUGAACGUGUGGUCAGGGCCGUAACGUCUUCCGCCAGAACUCCCGCUCAUCUCAAAGGAGCCAAUCAGCUGCUAGUGGCGAGUGCCUCGCAGGUUUCGGCCUACAAGCGUGCCUUCCGCAACCAGCAGCAGAUUCUCAAGGCAGAGAUCCUGCACCAACAGGCGCAGCAAUCCCAAAAUACUACGACGGAAGAGGUGUCAAGGCAGACGUCCAAUCUGCAGAGCCACCGUGGUUCGAUACCAAGCUCCAAUAAAUCGACUAACCGACCAAUACUUAAGCGCAAUGCAGCCACAUCGGGUGCUAAAGCUCCCAAGUUAAAUGAAGCAAAAUUAGCGGGGUCUAAAACGGAUGGAUCAGAAAUGAGAAGGAAAGUUUUUAAAGGAUCACCUUCAAAAGUAGCAGCAGCUCCAGUAACGGCGCACUUAAAGCGUACUCCGCAGCCGGCGUCCAAGGCUGCACAGCCGACCUCAACGCAAAAGGGAAAGGCCGUUAGGACGACCACAAAAGGAGCACCGACUGGUGCUGUGACUACAGGAGAAGGUGGAGGAGCGGAAGCUGUGCGACGAGCGGGAAAGGAAGCGGAAGUCGCAGGAGCUGCAGAAACGACAACACGCCGAUCGACACUGGCGCUGGCAGCGCAGCAGCAGCACUCCCAUAGCGGUAACUCGCUGCUCGGCUUUCGGCGCGAAACGGUUAAUGGCGCAGCGGCAGCCCUGCUGCAGCGACACGAAGCAGACGAACCGCUGUCGCAGUCGCAGUCGCCGUCGCCGUCAACGUCUGUGUAUCAUUCGCAAACGGCACAAAAGAGGCGUCAGUUUCAUUUUCCCUACCCCCCAUGGCGACCCAGCUACUGAGUAUUAACUUUGUACCGCUAUUUCGCCUACAUUAUACUACUGUCCCAUUAGAGAGUGAAAGAGAUUGAGAGAGCUAAAUCUGUUGUAACGGUGAAUCUAACACUACAAUAAAAUAUUGAAAAAACAUACGUAAUCAAAUGAUUACAAUAAGCUCACAAAUAAAAAGGGAAAGAGUUACAUAGUUAGAAGUGAGAGUGAAUGCUAUAAAAG